AUGGAUAAACAUAAGGAGAAAAUAGCUGGCGUUAAGACUUUUGAAUUACGUACCAAGUCUAAGGAUCAAUUGGAACAACAAUUGGUUGAAUUGAAGCAAGAAUUGGCCAACUUGAAGGUUCAAAAAUUGCAAAAACCAUCCUUACCAAGAAUUCACACUGUCAGAAAGAACAUUGCUAGAGUUUUAACUGUUAUUAACUUGAACCAAAGAGAAGCUGUUAAAGCUUUCUAUGCUGGUAAGAAAUAUCAACCAAAAGACUUGAGGUUGAAGAAGACCAGAGCUAUCAGAAGACACUUGUCCAAAUUCGAGAAGAAGCAAAUCACUGAAAAGGCAAGAAAGCAAAAAAUCGCUUUCCCUCAAAGAAAAUACGCCAUUAAGGCUUAA